AUGUGUAUUAACGUUUGGAAACGUAAUGUCUAUAUCAUAUUACAACAAGAAGUGAUGGAAAACAAUAAUUAUUACAAUAUAUUAGGAGUGUUGAGGAAUGCGAGUCAAUUGGAGAUCAAGAAAGCGUUCAGACGACUGGCCCUUCGCUAUCAUCCCGAUAAGAAUGGGUCCAAAAAUGCCAGCGAUUUGUUCAGACAGAUUCACGAGGCAUACGAAGUGCUCAGCGAUGACUACAAACGGCAUAUGUAUGAACUCUACACAUAUCCCACACCAACUGAUCAACAAAAACCUCCACCAAAGCCUUCCGACGAUCAUUGGUUUUACAAACCGCCGCAUAAAUGCGUUGAACACACAGUGUAUGUGUCGCUCCGGGAUGUGUGGAUGGGCUGUACUAAGCGUAUGAAAGUGACCCGAAAGGUGUGGUAUUCGCACCGAUUUUAUUAUAACGAAUCGAUGAUAUUGUCCGUCGACGUGAAACGGGGCUCAAAGUCCGGCACUCGUACUAAGUUUGCCGGUUGUGGUGACCGACCGUACGGUUGUAUCGCCGAUGAUAUUGUGUUUGUUGUCAAAGAUAAGUCAUACGAAUGGUUCCGACGCGACGGCAAUGAUAUCGUUUGCACAAUACAAUUGAAUUGUAUUCAAGUUAUAUAUCAUAAUUGGUGUCAUAAAUCCAUUGCUGUCCCACUACUGAAUGGACAGACACUAUAUGUAAUGCUCGACAGGUAUAAAGUCAAUCAGCUAUUAACUAAUCACGCGUUAAAUAUAAGAAACGUCGGUUUAGGACUUCCCGACCAAAAGUAUACUAACAUAAGAGGAGAUUUUAUAAUUAAAUAUAAACUAAUACCAUUAAAAUGUCGCUAA